AUGUCUGACUUUGUAGGGAGUGCUGGUGAUGUUCUGGAGGAUGAUCCCGUCGGGAGGCUGAAGGUGUACGUCUACGAGCUGCCCACCAAGUACAACAAGAAGAUGGUGGCCAAGGACUCCAGGUGCCUCAGCCACAUGUUUGCCGCCGAGAUAUUCAUGCACCGGUUCCUGCUGUCGAGCGCGAUCCGGACGAUGAACCCGGAGGAGGCCGACUGGUUCUACACCCCGGUGUACACGACCUGUGACCUUACUCCAUGGGGUCAUCCGUUGCCCUUCAAAUCCCCGCGGAUCAUGAGGAGUGCGGUUCAGUUCAUCUCCUCGCACUGGCCCUAUUGGAACCGGACGGCCGGUGCUGAUCAUUUCUUCGUCGUGCCACAUGACUUUGGGGCAUGCUUCCAUUAUCAGGAAGAGAAGGCGAUCGAAAGGGGGAUCCUUCCAUUGCUUCGCCGCGCUACACUUGUCCAGACAUUUGGGCAGAAGGAUCAUGUCUGCCUAAAGGAGGGCUCAAUCAACAUCCCACCAUAUGCUCCUCCCCAGAAAAUGAAAACUCACCUUGUACCCCCAGAGACCCCGCGCUCCAUCUUUGUCUAUUUCCGUGGUUUGUUCUACGAUACGGCAAAUGAUCCCGAGGGUGGUUACUAUGCAAGAGGCGCCCGUGCGUCGGUGUGGGAGAACUUCAAGAACAACCCUCUGUUCGACAUCUCGACGGACCACCCACCCACCUACUAUGAGGACAUGCAGCGUGCCAUCUUCUGCCUGUGCCCGCUGGGCUGGGCCCCGUGGAGCCCCCGUCUCGUUGAGGCCGUGGUGUUCGGGUGCAUCCCGGUGAUCAUCGCGGACGACAUUGUCCUGCCCUUCGCGGACGCCAUCCCGUGGGACGAGAUCGGCGUGUUCGUGGCGGAGGACGAUGUCCCCAAGCUUGACACCAUCCUGACCUCCAUCCCGAUGGAGGUGAUCCUACGGAAGCAGAGGCUGCUGGCGAACCCGUCGAUGAAGCAGGCCAUGCUUUUCCCGCAGCCGGCCCAGCCCGGGGACGCCUUCCACCAGAUCCUGAACGGCCUGGCGCGGAAGCUCCCGCACAGCAAGAGCGUGUACCUGACCCCGGGGCAGAAGGCGCUGAACUGGACCCAGGGCCCCAAGGGCGACCUGAAGCCAUGGUAG